CAUUUCCGCCUUGGCACACAGUGGAGAAAUCGCAUCUUCGCCUGAUUGGGUAUACAUGCAGGACCGCGCCUACAAGCACGCGUGUGGCCCCUAUCGCUCUUCUGUUGGAGAGACCUGCCGCCCUUCUGCAUCUCCAUCACUCCAUCACUCCAUCACUCAUUCCAUCUCAAACUACACUCAACCUCUACCCCCUCUACAGCGAUCACACCGUACGUGCUCUUCCCUGCACGACCGGUCUGUUGUCGCCAUCGGUAGGCCAUCUUGGUGUAUAACACUCCCUUCUCCAACGCAAGACGCUCAACAACAUCCAUACACUCUAUUGUGAUGGAUUGAGCAAUCUGAGGAGGCCGUUCUGACGACCAGGGAUCAAACCCUGAACGGCACCCGCUUUUCUAGGAUCUGCCAACACCCCGGUCUGGAAACCAUAACAAACACGAUGAACAAGGAAAAUCGAAAGACGACGACACAGGCUUAUCAGCCGUGGUAAGCUCGAUGUCGCAAGACUCAUCCCUCUCUUGGCGCGUAUCCACUGACCUCUCCCCCUUUCCCUUCUUCCUGCCGGACUCAUCUCGCUCAAUCAUUCAAUAUGGAGUCCUUGAAUUUAGAGGCAUGUUACAAUAGUAGCAGAGUCAAGGGGGCAGUGGUGAAGUAGAAAUGCGUAGAAAUAAAUACUGUUUAUUGGUCAGAAGA